AUGACCUCAAGCCUCACAGGAUCGGCUCCCCGAGCCACCACCACCUCACAUAAUGAGUGGAGGCAUUGUGCCCACAUCAGGAGUAUGAACGUCAUGGGAAUGCAUGGAGAAAAUGUCUGCAGCAUUAUACAGGAGCUGAUGCUGGCACACAUUUGCCAUGUGUCACCUCCGCUCCCCCCUCCACCACCUCCCGAGCCCCUGUACCCCGGUAAUUACGUUCAGCUUUCCCCACCAGCCUACGGGCACCAGCGACCGGACGCCCAGCGGGACUUGGUCCCCAAGACCUACCUGGAGAAAGUGGUUGCGAUAUACGACUACGAAGCUGACAAGGACGACGAGCUUUCCUUUUCCGAGAACUCUGUAAUCUACGUAAUCAAGAAGAAUGACGACGGCUGGUACGAAGGCGUCAUGAAUGGUGUGACGGGCCUAUUUCCAGGAAACUACGUGGAACCUUUCAAUGGUCAUUAG